AGCGCCAUUGUACGGCGUUCGUAAGAAUAUUCCUUGUGACGCAAUAGGAAGUCGUCCUUUCCGUCGACUUCUUGUGAGCGGAACAUGUCGCAUACCUCUGAGCGAAGAAAUGAUGAUCAAUGGCCAGGAGAUUCCAAAAAUGGACCUAGUGAAAGUGAACAAUCAUCGUAUGAUGGACCCUCUGGGAUGGACCCAGGUGGAGUCAUCGAGACCAAUUGGGAUGUUGUCGUUGACAACUUCGAUGAAAUGAAUUUAAAAGAAGAGCUCCUACGUGGUAUUUAUGCUUAUGGGUUUGAAAAACCAUCUGCAAUUCAACAACGCGCUAUUUUGCCAUGUAUUAGUGGGCAUGAUGUCAUUGCACAGGCCCAGUCAGGAACUGGCAAGACUGCUACAUUUUCCAUCUCUAUUUUGCAACAAAUUGACACCAGCAUCAAGGAGUGCCAAGCCUUGAUCUUAGCUCCAACUCGUGAGCUUGCUCAACAAAUCCAAAAGGUCGUUAUUGCAUUGGGAGAUUUCAUGCAUGCCGAAUGCCACGCAUGCAUUGGAGGAACCAAUGUACGUGAAGAUAUGCGGAAACUCGAUCAAGGUGUUCAUAUAGUAGUUGGAACACCUGGUAGAGUUUUUGAUAUGAUUAGUCGGCGUGCGCUGCGCACCAAUAAUAUCAAACUGUUUGUUCUGGAUGAAGCAGAUGAAAUGCUCUCUCGUGGUUUUAAAGAGCAGAUUCAUGAUGUAUUCAAAUUAUUACCUAAUGAAGUGCAGGUUAUAUUGUUAUCUGCUACAAUGCCAAAUGAUGUGCUGGAUGUGUCACAAUGCUUUAUGCGAACUCCAAUUCAAAUCCUGGUAAAAAAAGAAGAGCUCACUCUGGAGGGUAUUAAGCAGUUCUUUAUCAAUGUUGAGCGUGAAGAGUGGAAGUUCGAAACUCUUUGUGACUUAUAUGAUACAUUGAGUAUUACUCAAGCAGUUAUUUUCUGCAAUACACGACGCAAAGUAGAUUGGUUAACGGAUAACAUGCGCAACCGUGAUUUUACUGUGUCCGCUAUGCAUGGAGAUAUGGAGCAAAAAGAAAGAGAUCUCAUCAUGAGGCAGUUUAGAACUGGAUCAUCUCGUGUCCUUAUAACUACCGAUCUUUUAGCACGUGGUAUUGAUGUUCAACAGGUUUCACUUGUCAUCAACUACGAUUUACCUUCUAAUCGAGAAAAUUACAUUCACAGAAUCGGCCGUGGUGGUCGUUUUGGUCGUAAAGGCGUGGCUAUUAACUUCGUGACAGAGGACGAUAAACGGGCCUUAAAAGAUAUUGAACAAUUCUAUAAUACUAGCAUUGAUGAAAUGCCAAUGAAUGUCGCAGAUUUAAUCUAAAUCUGACUAUUGGCUAUAAUUCAUUAUAAUUACAAAAAAAAGAAAUAAAAGUAAGUGAAAUACGGAGCUCUCAGCUGAUCUCUCAUGGUGUGUGAGUAUAUAUAGAGUGAGUUGGUGAAUUACAAUCGCUUAUGUAAACGCGAUUUACCAAAAUAUUCCAACGUUCUCGCCUCAAUUUCAUUUUAUAACAGUAGUUUACAGGAAUAGUUAUUCGCUAAUCUAGAGAAAUUAGUACUAUUACAUAUAAUAAUUAUUACAAUUAUCAGUACAGAUAUAUAUACAUAUAUAUAUACACAUAUAUAUAUGUAUAUAUAUUACCAUACUACUGUUUCUACCACUCUUCGCUCGUACCGCUGUUAUAUUACCGUUAACUGGUGUGUAUACUCUUACGCUUUUUUCUUCUUGGUCUGUAUUUAUUCCUCUAUUUCCUGCUUCUAUUUUUAUCAUAUAUAUUAUAUAUAACCCCUAUUAAUAUUCCUGGUACCCCUGCAUUACUGUCACGAAAAGCUAAGUGUUCACAGUUUCGCUGAACGAAUUUGUAGAAUUAUUAAUAAUACAAUCGUCGCGACUGUAACUAGUGCAAGGUGAUAAAAAGAAAAAAGUGUGGAGUCAGGCAUUUCACCCAGUUCGGUUGUUUUUCACCGUUUUGCUACUACCCUUCCGAAACUUUCUAUUGUCUAGAUGCACCCGCCGUAUUAUCUCCCUGUGUAUCCAAAUUUCGUUAUGAACUUCAAAUUCUUUGUCUUGAACCAUCUUAUUAUUUCACCUUUUCUUUUACGCGCCUUUUCCAAUUGGAUGAUUCAUUCCAUGUUCUGUGGCCCUUCUUCAACGCUCCUACCACCGCGAUUGCAACGUGUUCGUCUAGGCAGAGGUUUAGUUGGGUAUUGGAAGGGAUACUUUAAUCACAAGCGUUGCCGAAGGAGAUGUACAAUUCAGACUUAGACGAUAUGAAUUUUUGUAUAUCCCAAAUCCCAAGUACAUACCUUCAUUAAGAAAUAAAGUGUUUGACCUUUUA